AUGGAAACUAUUAGUUUAAAUGAUAGUAAUGGUUCAAUUUCAAAUAUAAAUAAUCAUCAUCGCCUACAUUCAAAUAUGGGUGACUGUAUAAUAGAUAGAGAAGAUUUAAUUGAUAUGGCAAAUAUAAAAAUGAAAGGAGAUAUAGAUUCAUUGGAGUACCGAAUAGAGAGGACCAAGAAAUCAAUAGAUAUAAUAAGAGAUUCGUUAUUAUCAUCAAAAUCAGUUGAAGAGCAAAGUAAAAUUAAAAAUCAAAUUGUAUCAUACAACCAUAUUCUAAAUGAUUUAGAGUCAAAACUAUCAUUAAUAAAGGGUACAGAUAUAACAAAUAACAAUAAGAUAGAAAGAAAAGAUUCAAAAAAAAAGCUUAUAGAAAUAUCAAUAACAACCGAUGAUCAAUCUAAUAAUAAUAUUGAUAAUAAUAAAAAUGAUUGUUCAAUAUCAAAUGAUACAUACGAUAAUAAAAAUGGUACUCAGGUUUCGAAUUUUCAAGUUUUAGAUUCAGUUUCUUCUCCAUCUCAGUUAAUAAGUGGGUCAUUUUCUUCUUCGUCAUCAUCAUCCCCUCCACCUCGUACAUCUUCAAAUGACCAUUUAUAUAGUAAUAUUGAAGUAUAUAACAUCAAUAAUAACACCAAUAGUAAUGGUAAUAAUAAUAAUAAUAAUAAUAGUUCCGAUAAUACAAAUAACAAUAAUAAUGAUAACAGUAACAGGAACGAUGAAGAUAAGCAAGAUGGCCAAUUUAGUAUAGUAAAUAAGCAGGGUUUAGAGAAAUUAUUAUCAUCAUCAAUAUCAUCAUCAGCCUCAUCAUCAUCUUCAUCAUUUUCAUCAUCAUCGACAGUUUCUUCAGUAUACCAAUAUUCUUACCCAAAAUCGUUUACUCCAUAUAUUCCAUCAGAUAAUAACUUAGAGGAAAGAAUUGAUGCAUUGCAAAUUAUUAAAUUAAUUCAUUUCGAAUAUAGUAGACACUCCAAAGAUAAAACCAGUAUCUUAGAUAAUUUAAUGUAUAAUAUUAAUUUAAACCCCCAACCAAGUUUUAAACAAGCAUCCAGUCAAAAUUUGGAUCAAAAAUCACUAAAUUCAAAUUUAUCAACACCAGAUAUAGUUUUCAAUAACAAUUUAUUAAGGAAUCAAAAAAAAUUACAAAGUUUAUCCGGUGACUUAAAUAAACCACCAAAGUCCCCAGAGGAAACAUAUUUAUGCAGUCCGCUAGAUGAGGAGGAGUUAUCAAAUUAUUAUUCCCACAGUUUUGUAGCUCCCAAAGUUUCAAAGUCAACAUCAAAUCGUCAUCACUCAAGCCAAAAUUCCCACGAAAAAAAUACACCUAAAGUUGUGGUCUUUGAAAAGAGUGAGCCCGGUACUUUUGUUUUUAAAAAAGAAAAGGUCCCAAAGUUAAAAGAUUCCAAUGUAAACCAUCUUUUUAAUAGUAGUUAUAGCAGUGGUUUAAAUUCAAUCACAGGAUCAACAAAAAACAAUAGUAAUAGAAAUUCAUGCAUUGGUUUUAAUCCAUAUCCAAAUAAUUUCAAUACAGUUAAUGGUAAUAAUGAUGAUGUAGACCAUUAUUAUGAUUCAUUUCACAAUACUGAGCUCUUGGACGAAGAUGUUUUAGUUUAUGAUGAUUUGGCCGAUGAUACAAUGAACGAUGACGACACUGUUUCGGGUUAUACCCAAGAUUCAAGUACAACUAAUUUUAAAAUUUCCCCCAUCGUUUCUCCAAAUAAUAACAAUAAUAACACUGACAAUCCAAACCAACUACAACAACCAACAAUUACUGUAAAUCAACAACCAUCAAUACCCAUAUUACAAACAAACCAUAGCACUCAUGAGUUAGGUGUUCAAAACCUUGGUGCCCGUGGACAUAACAGAAAACAGCAUUUAAGAUCAUUAUCACAUGGUGUAAUCAAAACCCCAUUUACAGAUAAUAAGCUUAAAACUCUUCAAAUUUUUGUUCCAACCGAGCCUUAUACAUGUAAAUUAGAAAUUACAAUUGAGGAAAAUGUAACAGUAGAAAGAUUAAUUAGCGAGGUAAUAGAUCUAUGUAUAAAAGAAAAAAGAAAAAUUCAGUAUUAUAAAAAAUUAAAGUUGCAAUCGGAAAAUAAUAAAUCUCCAACCUCCACCUCAAACAAUGGUCUAUUAAAUAGUAACAAUAGUAACAAUAGUAACAAUAUAAAUAGCAGCAAUAAUAGUAAUGCCACUACCAAUAAUAAUAACAAUAAUGUUAAUAAAAAUAUAAUAUCGCCACCUUCAUCUUCAAUUGUAUCAUCAUCAUCAACAUCUCCAGUAACCAUUUCAAACAAUAGCAGUCAUAAUAGCGGAAGCGCAACCAGCAGUAUUAAUAGUAGUACAAACAGCGCGUCAAGCAAUCAAACACCAACACCAUCAAUUAAAGAGUUUGAAUCUUUAACAUUCCCAUUUUUAAUUUAUACAAAUCACCGUGAUUAUAUGUUAAGAAAAUCAGAUGAAAAUGGUGAUGUAGAUUUUUGUACUCCACCAAUCAUCAGAACAACAGAAAUUAAAAAAUUAACCAAUGAUUGUUUUUCAUUAGUGAUUCAUCCUAAAGCAAUUAGAGAUCUUUCAAAUCAUCCACAAAUAUUUAGAGUUUACAUUGAACAGUCUCAAAAAACCUCACAAACCUCAAAUGGAAAGCCAGCAGAAAAGCCUAAUAAUGGGGUUAAAAACUCAGUUGCAGUUAUAUAUAAAUCAACAUCAACUCUCCAAUCAAUUAAAUCAUCCAUUUGUAAAAAAGAAAAAUUGGAGUUAAAUUUAUGUGUAUUUAUGACAAUGAAUAACGAAGUUAUACAGAAUGAAAAAAUAACUCUUAUAGAAUUAAAUCUACCAGGCGUGAAAUUAGUUUAUGACCAACAUAAACCACAGGUGCAUAAAUCAGUUUCAUUUGUUUCAGAGGUUGGAAAUGCUCCAAGACCAAUCACUAAAUUAUUAGGGCCUAUUUUCUUUUUCACACCAGAUAAUGUUUGUGAAAUAAAACAAUAUGUUAUUUCAAAAAUUAAUAAAUUUGGAGUUAAAAAAGAUAGAUAUAUGGAGAUCAAUAAAGAUAAAAUUGUAUAUUCACCUAUAGAUGUUAUGUCAACUUUACCACCUCCAUCAAUGGUACCUCAAAAUAUAAAUACCAUGAAUAACACACUUCAACCACAAAACACAUUACUUCAAUCAUUACAGCCACAGACCACACCACAAAAAAAUAAUAAGUUCUUUAAAUCAUUCAGCUCAAAAGAAAUCAAAACCCCUUUCCAAAUGAUUGGAGAUAUUACCGGUGUUGGAACUGUUAUUAACAAACCAUCGUCAUUUUAUCUUAAAUGUAAUGGUAAAACCCAUGAAUAUUAUUCAUCUGAUUCAGAUGAAAUUGUUGCCAAAAUUCAAUUUAUUAUUAGAUCAAAAAAAGAGAAAUUAAUUUAA